GGGUGCUGCCCAUCAUGGGGGCAGCCAUCUCCCAGGGGGCCCUCAUCGCUAUCGUCUGCAAUGGCCUUGUAGGCCUCUUGCUGCUGCUGCUCUGGGUCAUCCUCUGCUGGGCCUGCCACUCCCGCUCCACUGACAUUGACUCCCUCUCCGAAUCCAGUCCCAACUCCAGCCCCGGCCCCUGUCCUGAGAAGGCGCCCCCUCCCCAGAAGCCCAGCCAUGAAGUCAGCUACCUGCUGCAGCCCUGA